AUGGGAGAAGCAGAAGUAAUCCAGGACAAGUUUUCAUUUCUAGACAAACAACAACCAACACACCUUUUGCAAAGAUUUUCAUCACACAAACUUACUAUGAAACAAACCCAAGUCUCCAAUCCUAACAAGAGACCCCCAGAGCUAGACCUCAAUCUCAGGCUCUCACUUGGUGGAAUUUACAGUGGGAACACCAGAGAAAAGCCUUUAACUAGAUCAUCUUCCAUAGCAGGAGUGAUAACGCUUAAGAAACGUUGUAGUGAGUUCGAAAAGUCAUUGCCAAAAAGUUUUCUUUCAUUGGCAAGGUCUUGUUCAUUGCCAGCAGAAGUGGACAGGAGUAAGAGGUUGGUGAAUGUGAAGGAGCAGAGGAUAAUGAGGAGAGUUGAGGCCAAGAAAAGGGCUGUAGAGAAGCAUAGGAUUGCCAAGAAAGCCAGUGACAAAGAGAAGUUGGUAAUGGAAGGACCACCAUCCUCACCUACUAAAAUUCCAGCAUGGGCAGCAGCUUCUGCAGCUAAAAGUCCUGCACUGAAUAGGGCCAUUGAUAAGAUAAAGGACGGUUUCAGAAAAUUGGAAGGACUAGAAGGCUCAGGUGAUCCUAAGGCUCCAAGCGACUCCAAAUCCUCGUCCGAGCCAAUAAAGGUAAAACGGUUGAUCACAUGUGAGACAACAUCUAAUAGAAAAUCUGUCAAGCUCAAGCCUGAUGAAACCAAGUCUGAGAAUCCAACCAAGAAGGUUAAACUUUCUAAUGGUUGCAUUCAAGAUGAUGGGAUGGAUGUGAUGAAAAAAAUGCCUAGAGUAACUACUAUUGGAGAUGGUCCAAAUGGGAGGAAAAUAGAAGGCUUUCUCUACAAAUACAUGAAAGGACAGGUGAGUAUAGUUUGUGUCUGCCAUGGCAACUUUCUUUCCCCAGAAGAAUUUGUGAAGCAUGCCGGCGGCAAGGAUGUUACAAACCCCAUGAAGCAUAUCAAUGUUUGCUCAACCUAUUUUUCCUACUUAGAUUAAUGGUGGUGGCUUUUGCCACCCCCACCUAGUAUGAAAGUGUAGGCAGCAUUAUUCAUAUUGGCUUGGCAAUACGUUGCAUAUCUUUUGCUUCACAAUUAUGUGAAUUUAUUUUAAUAAAGGAGACGCUGUUAAGGGAAAUGAUGAG